AAAGUUCACAAAUUCACAGGAAACUUUUACAAAAAGUGUAGCUUAACGGACGUAUAAUAAUCGCCUAGAAAUGGAAACUGAAAAAGUAGAUAUCAAUCAGAAGAUUGCAGAAAUUAAGAAACGCAUUUUACUAGCAGAAGGUCAAAAGACCGCCAAUUUGGCUGAAUGGCAGAAACAAAAUCGCAUCAAUUGUGACACCAUCUCAACGCUCAAAAAGGAAAUCAAAGAAUUAACUGUGAAAUGUGGUCGUCUACGCAAUCCAUUGCAACGUUCCGUUAUUAUGAAAGAAACCGCCGCAACCAAUGCGGUUGCGGUGCCCGGUGAGAAGGUGAGGAAAACUAGUUCAGCGCUGCCCACAAUUGUUGUGGGCAAAGUGAGCUAUCCAAUUGGUGCGCGAAAUGUUGACGAUGCCAUUUUCUUGACGGACUUGAAAAUCACCGAGAAUCGCAAACAAUUGGAUUUGUUGAGACAUCGUUUCAAGUGUCGCAAACAACACUUUGCCAAAUUGAUGGAACAGUAUCGUGAGCUGGUGGCCAACAAGGAGGCACAGGAACAGAAUUUGGGGGAGAAGCCACCGGAGACACUGGAGGAGGACAAUAAUCGGAAGUUAGUUUGUCAAUUGGAAAAUCAAAUCCAUCGCACCAAUGUUCAGUGGAUGGAGGCGGAACAUAUUCGCAAAAAAUAUCGCUCCAUUGAGGCCUCCCUUAUGAAUGAUGCUGAACGUUUUGAAAAAAGUCUGAGGGAAUUAGAAGUGGCUUUGAGUGAGCAGCAACAGGAAAUCAAUCGGUUACAGGAAAUUCACAACGAGGCCAUUGAAAUGCGUGACUCAGCCAAGGUCAUACUGCAAAGACAGGAGCAUCAGGCGAAUAUCUCACAGAAGACACGUGAGCGGCAAGCUAUGGAGUUUCGCAAAUUGGUAGAGCAGCGAAAAAUGGAAUUAGAACGUAUCGGAAGAAAACUCUUCUUUGAGGGUAAAACGCUACAUCAUCAGGACAGCAUUGGCUCUAGUUCCGGUGAACCACAUACCGGGAAACCCGAAGCAGAGGAGGAUGAGAAUUCUCAGCUUAAGAAUGUAACCGGUGGUAUGGAGGAAUUAUUUAAAAAUCUUAUGGAAGUCUCUGGAGCUACAUCACCUCAUGAGGUGUUUGAGCGAUUCUCAUCGCAGAAGGAAUCAGCUCUGCGCUUGAAUUACUUGAGGGCAGCUGCUGAGGCGGAGAAGAACAGUUUGGAACAGUUGAGGGAAAAUUUAACCAAAGAAUUGGAAUCCUCCAAAUUCUCCGAUGUCAAAGAAAAGGAAGUGAACCAAGAAGUAAUAGAACACAUAAAAAGUCAGAUAGCUGACUAUGAAAUUGAGCGUGAAAAGAAUUUGGAAUCGGCCGAAAAAACAAUGGAUGUUCUAAAAUUUAUCAAAGAUCGUUUAUGUGAAAUGAUUUACAAACUGCAGGAGGUAAAUGAAACCAAAGUGGAAUUAAAGGAUAAAGAUGUCAGCAUUCAAGUUCAAGAGUUGCCAGAUUUUUUGGUACACAAGGCAGAGGAUAGAGAUUUGAUACAGAUUUUGAAAUAUAAAUUGGAAAAAUGUCAGGAAUUGAAUAAAUUGCCAGAGGAAAUGUCUGGCGACAAACUGGAUUUGGACAUAAGUGAGGAAGAAUUUAUGAUGGCCUUGCAACCGCCCAAAAGUCCAUCGGCCCAUGAAAACGAGAAACCAGCUGUCAUGCCCAUGUGUUAUUACAAUUUGUUGGCCGGUAGAAAUCAAAGGGCUACAGGAACUCUGUCAUCAUCUCCCGAACAGGCACCAGCUGCCGCUGCCGCCGGAAAUGAGGAAGAAAGUGAGGUCCCAUCGCGUAAUUUCCUAAAACGCCAAUCGGUAUUGAUAGUCGAUUCCAAGUCAAGGCGUAAACCAUUCAGAGCUGCACCAGCAGCAAGAAGGAAGUAAAACAAUAUAAUGUGGGAAUUAGAGUCCUAAGCUCUUAACAUUGAAUUUAAAGAAGGAUUCUUACUGACGAUCCCAUAGCAUAUAAUAAUAUUUCACAUCUUAUGUAUUUGAAA